GUGGGUUUACCUGCGGUACAUUUUCUGCUGUUACCGGUCGCCUUGGAGGUUGUUGUUGUUGUUGUUGUUGGGCGGUCGAACGUCCUCUGCCUCGGUUUGCAUUUCUUGAAUCCGACAUGGUUUUCUUGCGCACCUUCACUUACGCGUCAGCCCACUUUGUUUUUCGUUUUUUUUUAAUAACUCGAGGAAGCAGUCCGGCUAUCCUACACCCUCCGGUUUGCAAAAGGCACUGAAACUCUUCUGCCAUAGCAACAAUGCUUCCCCCAAGCCCAGAAGGCCAAUCCUCUUCAUGUUAGACCACGCCCUCCUUUUGAAACUUGGAGCCUGCCCCGGCUGGUGAAAGUUAAGCGUCUCACAUCCUCCCUCCUCCUGGAAAGAAAGAAAACGUGAAAAGAAAGCAAAAUAAAGCUCGGAGUCGCCACGUUGUCAAUGGCAAUGUAAAAAAAAAGCUCUUCUUUCUUGCGUCAUUUGAUGCCAUGGGAGAACACUUGCAGUGCUGAGGCUGCUUUUACAACUUCGAUAAAUUUUUACUAAAGAGCCAUUGUGCAUGCGUAUUUUUUUUUUGUUUUAGUAGGUAAAUAUAUGAGGAAAAAGAUCAGGUGGGCUAGGGCAAAAAGGGCCGAAUCGCUUGGCUCUACUAGGAAUAAUACCUGUCAAUUUCUUUGAUCAGACGCUAUACUUUGGCCCGGUGGGCGGUCUGUUUUCAAUGUCCAACUCCCUUGGCUACAAAGAAAAACAUUUUGUAGGUGACAUGAUACCAAUUCUUAAAGUCACCCUCGUCCUUAUUUUUGUUUUUAAAACAACUAUCUUGGAAGGGAAAAGCGGCGGGGAUUGGCAAUUGAACUGCGUUGUUCAUCCGUUCAUGUUUUCUCCUCGGAGAAAAAUGUUUAUUCCAGAACGAAUAGUUUUUUUUUUCAUUUCUUGAAGACUUUUUGAUUUUCUUUUUGUGUUUAACUACUCACUAAUAAAAAGUAGGUCUAGUCAAAUCGAUGGCUAUUUGUCUGGCUCGCAGGCUGUUGAACUCGUGUUCAAAAUCUUUCGCUUCUUGGCCUUCAAUAAGUUGUAAAAUAUAUUGGUUUGUAUCGCCAUUAGGAGGUUUGAGGGGUGAAAUCAGUGUCCGAUAACGUUAGUCGAAGAAAUUCUAUAGAGCUAUUCAAAAGUAUUGAAGGCAAUAGGGCCAUGCAGUGUCAAAUUCUGUUGUGGUUUCACUGAAACACAAGAACUGGAGAUAAAUUGCUGUACCAAUGUGGGCCUGCUUUUGCUCCAGUCUUUCUAUCCGAACAUGACGUAAAUUUUACUACGAGUUUCAUGGAAGCUUAGAAUCGUAGAGGAAAAUGUUCGUAAAAAUGGAAAAUGGUACCAUCCAAAAAGUAAGAAGCAAAAAUCCAAAAAUUUUCAUUUUUCUUUUUGUUUGGCUGAUACGGCUUCGAAAUUUCAGAUCCAGGAAGAUCAUUUCAAAAAGGUCUUCUCAUGUUACGAAGGAAAUAGCAAGAAGAUGAACCGAUAGGCCGAAUUUUAUCUUUUGCUUCAUCGUUUAGUUGUCUUAAGGCAUAGGGCAAAAAAAUAAUGUCUAGGGCAUUGCAAGUUUCCAUCCAAAGAAUUAACGUCAUGCUAAGAAAGAUCGUCUCGUUUGACGGAGACAAACGUACCUUGGUUAUUGAUCCCCCCAAUGCAUCCUUUUGGGGGAAGGAAACUGUCCACAGUUUGAUGGUCAAAUGUCUCAAGAAUACCAGCAGACUUCUUAGGGGCGAGCAUUUAUUUCAGACUUUCGAGGAGAAUGAGAACCAAAAGUAGGCAACACUCGGAGAAUGUCUGUCCUUUAAACUUCGCUAUCUGCCAUCCAACAGUUCGGACAUCAGAGCUGCUCAUGGCGUAAAAACUGGUCUAAAUUGUCUCUUAGCUUGUACAAGUUGUUCUGACCGACGCCAUCUGAAAUUGUAUUUAAGAGAAAGUUAGAAAUCUUCAACUAGUUUGGCGGUUUUGGAACUCUGAGAAUCUGAUCAGAGAUGACAGUCAAACAGCUUUGAAUAAAGUUGGCAAUGCCGUAUUUCGUUUUCAAACUUUUGACAUUUUGGCUGUUUUUAAUGCCAACACCCCGCUUUUUAAACACAUAAUUCGUAAAAAUAUUAAAUCUUUUAGUCUUAAAUAACCUUAAGUAAAGAAGUAAACCAUGGCAGACAACGAUAGAAAAGUAGACGAACAAAUGCCCGAGGACUCGCGUUUCAGUCUGCUGACUGAUGCGUUAGAUCAGGCUACUCAGAAAGUCAUCAGCAAAAUUUUAAGCCAAAAGUCAUUUGCAGAUUGUCUUCCAUUUUUAAAAAGAAAAACAGAAAUCCUUGCCCAGUUACACACAACAUUUGGCCAAAAAGUACAAUUUCACUUGAAACAGGAGUUUGAUGAGCUUUUUUCCACAUAUUGUCUAAAAGAAAAAUUGGAUUUUCUCGACAAACUUGAUGUUGAGCAAGCUGAUCUAUCUCAGGGUGAAACUGUUUGGAGACCAACAGGAGAUCCAUCAAAGGAUAUGCUAGCAUAUGAUAUUCCUGCUUUGCAGUCACAUAAAGAAGAACUCCUGUCCUAUCUGAGGGAACUUAGAGAAGAAAACGAGGGUGAAAAGAAAAAAAUUCUCAAAGUCGUGGAAGGUAUAACAGAAACAGAAAAACUUAUCGAAGAACUCUUGAUCCAAAAUGAGGAAACACUAGAAGUUUUAUCCAGUUUGCCAAGUUUAUGAUCACAUUCUUUAGUUUGUACAUUACAUCAAAUUUC